AUGCUCCGCCCCCUCCUUCGGCAAGUUACCCCUCGGCUUGCGCGCGCAGUGAGCACGGCGCCGCGCGCCGCGGCCGUCACGCAGCACGCGACGACUGCCGGUCCCCCUCCGCCUCCCCCGCAGCCAGUCGAGGCCAAGCCGCCCGCGACAUUCCACGUCGCCGGCGCCCAGCCGAUCGCCGUGUCCUCAUCCGGCGUGACGUUCCGCAUGGCCGACGGGCGCGAGGUGCUCGACGGCGUGAGUGGCGGCGCGGCCGUCGCUUGCCUCGGAUACUCGAACCCCGACCUGGUUGCGGUAAUGGCGCGUCAGGCGGCCCAGAUGCCCUACGCAUACCACCAGGCCCUGGGACACGAUGUGAGCGAGGAGCUGGCCCAGUUCCUCAUCGACCGUAGCAGUGGCGCGUUUGUCGCUGGCGCGUUCCUCAACUCUGGCUCCGAGGCCAUCGAGGCGAUCCUGAAGCUUGUUCGUCAGUACUGGAUCGAGGAGGGCCAGCCGCAGCGCAAGUACAUCAUUGCACGCUCGCCGGCGUAUCACGGCAACACGCUUGGCUCGCUUGGGACGGGCUACGUUCCUGGUCGCCGCAACUUGUAUGACAACUACUUCUCGGACGCGUACCAGCACGUCGACACCCCACAGGCGCGUGACCGCCUCCCUGGCGAGAACGAUGCAGCGUACAGCGAGCGCUUGGCCGCCGAACUUGACGCCAAGAUCGAGGAGCUGGGUCCGGAGAACGUCAUGGCUUUUAUUGCUGAGCCUGUUGGCGGUACAGGGCCAGGCGUUACGCCUCCCCCGAAGGGAUACUUCCCCGCCAUCGAGAAAGUCGUCAAGAAGCACAACCUCAUCUUCAUCAUGGACGAGGUGAUGAGCGGCACUGGGCGGUCGGGUACGCUGUUCGCGUUCGACACCGUCGCCGAGGGCGUCAAGCCCGACGUCAUCUCCAUGGCCAAGGGCUUGGGCGGUGGGUACGUGACCAUCUCGGGAGUACUGGUUGGCCAGCGACUCGUGGAUGUGAUCCGGCGCGCUGGCGUUUGGAAGAACAGCCACACGUAUCAGAACCAUCCCGUCAACUGUGCUGUCGCGCUCGCAGUCCUCAAGAAGAUGGAGGACAAGAAUCUGUUGGCAAACGUGCGUGCACGCGGCACGCAGCUGCUCGAGGGGUUGAAGAAGGCCUUCAAGGAUGACAAGCGCGUGUUCGAGGUGCGCGGACAGGGUCUCUUCCUCGCUGUAGACUUUGACGUCCCGACCUCCCUUACGCCCCGGUUUGCCGCUCGCGUCAAGGAGCGCGCAAUGGCUAAUGGGCUCAUGGCGCUCGCAGGCGUUGGUACUGUCGACGGCGUGAACGGCGACUGUAUCAUCCUCGCACCCGCUUACACCAUCACCGCGGCCGAGGCGGACAAGAUGGUGGCAAUAAUCAAGAAGAGCGUCAACGAGUGCUUUGCCGAGCUCGAAUAG